AUAAUCUGCUUAUGGGUAUGUUUCUUUUUUGUAUCAUUCCAUUCAUGGACAUGUCUGUAUUGCUGCCUGAAAACAUGUCUGUCCAGGCUGGCAGAAGACCCUGCAGAGGAGUGGCUCUGGGAGGAAAUGGGGCCUACUGCUGAGUCUCUGAACCUGUCUGGGAGGACCAUCAUGCUGGUAGCUCAGAAGCUCCAUCUUCAGCCUGAAUGUCACAGCCACCAGGAGGAGCUAGUGACUACAGCUCAGCAGAUCUUGGUGGAUACUACCAAGGUCCUGCUCCUUGAAGACGCGGUGAUGGCGAGGAAGAUGGUGCAGGCGGCGGGGUGGUGCCUGACCUGCCUGGAUGCGCUGGAGUACGGGGAGGACGCGGCCUCGCUGCGCGGCCCCUUCGCGGACCUGGCCUCGGCGCUGCUCCGCCUGGGCGGCCUGACAGCGCGCCGGCUUGGGGAGCACCUGGGCCGCGCUGGCCACCUGCUGCGAGGCUGUGUCCUCGCGCUGCUUGAGGCCGCCCGCGGCCACUUGCAGCGUCCGCGCGACCCGCAGCUGGCCGCUUCCCAGCGCCACACUUUGGCCCAGACCAGGAAGAUCCUCGGCGAGCUCCUGGCGCAGCUGGAGCCCCGAGCAGCGGCCCCAGCGGCCGGUGCGCUCACCUGGCGCCUGCGGCGACUGCGCGAGCUCUUGGCGGCGCCCGCGCCGGAGCGCAUGCGCGGCGGCCCAGAGGACGCGCUGCUGGCCGCAGUGUUGUGGCACUGCAUGCGCCUGGCCGCCUGCUCAGCGCCACCCGAGAGGCUGCGCCUGGUGGCCCCCUGCGGCCAGCUGCUGGAGCUGCUGGGCGCCCGGCGCCUGGGUCGGAUCCAGGGGCCUCCCGGGAACCCGGAGCCAGGGCGGGAGUGCGCGGCGCUGCAGGCCGCGACCGAGGCCCUUGCCCAGGGAGUCCGGGCUGGGCUGCUGCACCAGAUCCUGGACACGUUCACUGACACGCGAAGUGCCCUUCAAAGACUAGUCCAGACCGCCUUGGCUGCUCGUCCAUUCGGAUCCCCGUUCCAUGCUGAGGCCUUGUCGAAGAAACUCCAGCUUUUCCAUGUUGCUUUCCAUGACCAGGCCAAGCAGAUGCUCAGAGUGGCUCACUUGGUUUUGGUUUGCUGCCCCCGACAACAAACCGGCAAAGACAUGGAGGUCGCCAUGGCAGGACUUUGGGGGCUUGUGGUCAGAGCACAACAACUUUUUUCACAAAGCCCCCAAGGGUCUGGUCUGGACUGGAGCCCUGCUGCCUUGCAGGCCCUGCUUCAUGCAUGGACCAAGGCCUCGGAAGGCCUGUUGGCAUGUUUCGAUGACGUUCUCCGUAUUCCUGAGUUCCUGAGUGUGUCCAUUCAGGAAAUGACCAACCACUUGGACUUGUUUACAUGGGCUUUGAGGAGUGGAGAUUCCAAAGAGUUUCCCGGCCUUGUGGCAUAUUUACAGGGUCGAGCCACACACAUAGUGCAGGUGAUGAGCAGGUAUGUGGACCAACAUCGAGAUCCCAUUUUCCGGAAUGGCCUGAGAGUCCUGAUCCAGCAGCUGGAGCAGUCUUCCCUGUUCUUGAGUGCAGCUGCUGAGUGCUGUUCAGGUGCGCACAACGCUCAGAGCACAGAUGCGUUUCUAACCAUGGCAAAACAUCUGAUCUCUUCAGCCCAGAGCAUCCAAGAGGGGCUGGAUGGGACUAACCACCCAGAUAUCCUCAGCCCUCUCCGGAACCAGGUCCAAAGGUUUGACCCCACUAAGAAACGACCUUACUUUUUUCUCCCCAGCCUUCAGGACUCUACAGAUCCUGCACCCAAACACCAGGAGGAACCUCAGUUGGAGAAAAGCAACUCAGGCACUUCCUAUCCACCGAGGGACAAUCUUUCUUGCUCCCUGAUUCCUGACACCCAUCCACAGAGGAGGGAAUCUCUGUUACCAGCCAUCAGCAAACUCAUCCUUGAUGUAGAGAGCCAGGGCCACCAGGCAGUGACCUCAGCUAGCACCAGCUUGCAGGAGCAGGAGGCAGCUGUGGAUGUACCUCAAGAGGCCCUGGCUGGGGAGGGACCAGUGGGGUCAGAGACGAUGCUUGGAUUCCAAGAAACCCCAACACUAGCACCUUCUGUUACUGACCUAGCAAAGGAGCUAGCACACUGCACAACUGCUAGAAGUGAUGGGCUUCUGGAGAGACCCAGGGAAACUGGGCAGGAUUUGGUGGCCAGGGCUGGUGACUGGUACCUUUUGUGUCAACAGCUACUUUGUCGCAACCCAGCAGCUGAUCUUCCAGGGAACAUGGCAGUGUUCAUGGAGCUUCAGCAGAAUUUAGCCUCAAUGGUUCAACUAGCAGCCAAAAGUGGGCCUGUGGGCUUGAGGAAGAAGGACCAUGCCUCGACUGGGCAUCCAGAAACACUUUUACAAAUGCAAGGCAGAUUCGAGGAGGUAGAGACCCAAGCUAAACAGCUGUUGGACAAGAUUCUGGCUUCUGAUGGUCUUCAGACCCCUAAGUCAUACAAGGAGAGCAUGGACGAUGGGUGCCUUCUAUGGUCAGUGGCUGUCCAAGACCUACUCCAGUGCAUGGAGAGACUCAGCAGGAGACAAGGCCUGUUCUUAUUGCCCCUGCGACAGGCCGUGAAGGACCAGCAGGGACUGCAGGAAGGGUUGGCCCAGGCAGCAGAUGGUUCUCAGAGGCUACAAGAGGCUGCCAGGCUGUCUAGCCUCCUGUGUGGGGAUGUGCAUGUAAAAGGUGAGGUCUCCUUUUUGCUCAGGGAAAUUCACGUGCUCACAGAUGCUGUGCUGGAUGUGGCCAAGAUCCUGGUCUCCUCCCCCAAACCAUCUCCCAGCCUGUCAACACGCUUUGAACUUCUCUGCUUGGAGCUAUCCUUUCAAGCCAAGGCCCUGACAGGCCACCUCAGCAUCAUCAAUGCCAACUAUGAACAUGCCUUCCAAGAUGCUGUCUGUCCAAGCCUCCCUAUCUGUGAAGAACCUCAGACCAGACCAGAAAGCUCCCUGGAAAGAAUGGUGUCUGCUAUCCAAGCUGCACAGGGAAUCGUGGCAGGAAGUCAGGAGUCUGGGCCCGGCCAGGAAGAUCUUUUUAUGGCUCUGGAGAGCAUUCUCAUCCUUACCAAGGAGGUGGCCCAGAGGGUCCCAGUACUCCAAGAACUCCCAGAAGAGUGGAGAAUGCACACCCUGGACUGGCUUCAAUGGGAGUGGGCAGCCAAGGCCCAUUGUGCUGUAGCCCAGCUCCAGGCCUGGAAGGGUGGUCACACGGAGGCCUGGAGACUCCUGGCCCAGUGCCUGAAGCCCAUUGAGGAGACAACAGUGAUGAAACCCAGGGAAGAACAGGACGCUGCCCAGCCCCAGCUCCGCUGUGACGAGGGUGCAUCAGGAGCUUUUGCAGUGGGUAGUGUGGAUUCUCAGGGUGCUGCCCCCCAAAAUACCCCAGGGAUAUCAGCAGGGACCUGGGCUGCCGAUCCAGCCAUCCCUGGGACAAUCGCGGCAGAGCCGGAAAAGGAGCAGCCCGGCAGCCCCACAUCCAGCUCCCUGAGUGCCCUGGCCUGGCUGAACCCUGAGCUGGACCAGCCCCUCCUGGAGGAUGGCGGCGCAGACGGGGGGAGCAGAAUCAUCCAGAUUACCCGCGAGAUGGCUGCAGAGGUCCUCCUGAUGGCUGAGAGUCUGAGGAGGAGAGGACCCAUCUUGACCAAAGAUCAGCUCAUUACCUCUGCCAGGAAAAUUGCAACUUCUGGAGAAAACUUCGCCAGACUUAUCCGCAUCAUUGCUAAGAACUGCAUCGAUCAAAGAUGUUCGCAGGAGCUUUUGUGUGUGGUAGAGCAGAUUCAGAUGAUGAGCAACCAGCUCCGCAUCAUCUCCAGUAUAUCUGGCAAUAUACUUAAGAAAAAAAAAGAAGAAGAUUUAACAUGCCAAGCUAGAUCCCGAGGAGGUGUGAACAUAAACGUGAAGGCCUCGCUGGCGAGAAGCAGGUCCUCUGAAGAGCUCCUGCUGGAAAACGCAGAGCAGCUCCUGCGGGCUGUCUCCAAGACCGUGAGGACCACGGAAGCUGCGAGUCUCCGGGUAGGUGCUGACCCCAAAAGCUGGCAUUGGCAGAGACUGCACGCGCACGGCACCGGGGCUUAG